ACAAACAACCGCCUAAUUUCGCAUCAACCGAUAUGCUUGCUGUUGACGAGGAUUUCGUGGAACAGAUGCGCCGCGUGCAGGUGGCGGUGGCCGUCAACAUCGUGCGGGAGACUCCUUCCCACCUCACCCCGCGACGCUAUGCUACAAACCUCCUCUCCGUCCUCGCCAGGUCACUAAGCGCCAACGACCAGGCAGAGAAUGCGUCACGAGCCGCCCGAACGCCCGCAAAGGCUUCCCACGCGCCUGCCCAGGCUGCUUGCUCGGAGGCGCCUGCACCAUUAGCUCCAUCAUCUCUCCCGGCAACAACACCAGCGACAACAGCCUCGCGAGAUGGCAACUCAAGCGCAGCUGUUGCACAAGCUUUCUGCACGACUCAGCAUUCGGGAGACGUCGAGGAAAGCGCUAGGGCUGCUGAAGGGAGGAUCAGUGAGGCUCAGCAGUCGAUAAGACGGGCUGAGCAUCCUUCGGAGAGGCAGGCAGUAUAUCAACAUUCUUUGCAGACGUCAGUAGGAGAUGUGUAUCCUAUGGGCAUGACGAGGGAAUCUCAGCAUCCUACCAAGAGGGCAACAACAGUUUCACAUCAAUCACACACAGAGGCAGGAACUAGGGAUAUUGCAGCUCAAUGUCCCAGGAAGGUAGAAGCAGGAUCCCAGCAUUCCACAAAGAUAUUGACAGCAGUCCAUCAUACUGCGCAGACGACUAGAGGAAGUGGGCAUCGUAGGGGGGCGGCAAGUGCGGCGCAGCAUACCACAGAGCCAGGGGUUUUAGUUCAGCAUCCAAGGGAAAUGACAACAUCAACUCAAACUGUUUUGCAAACAGUUAGGAAUACCCGGCGUCAAAGAGCGGCGGCAGGAGCAACUCGGCUCUCUACAUGGACUGGAACAACUGCUCAGCAGCCUAAUCAGGGCACGAGAGCAAGUGAAUGUCUUGGAGAGGUAGCAGGAGCAGUCCAGCAUUUUGGAUUCGUACAUUCUCGACAGACUUUACAUCAACAAAGACUCCUGAGUCGACUUGGGGCCGUAAGUCCUCAGGAGCAACCCAGAGAGGGAGAUAAAUCCAGCGAGUUGCUGCAUCCCAAGAGGCAAGAAAACUGGACUUUCAGUUCCUAUCAAUCACUGGCGGCAGAGAUAGAGCGAGAAAUGGAGCAUUUUAGGGCUGGAAUGCCAGUAGACUGGCCCAAGUGUCGCGAGAUCGCCCAGAUCUUGGGCGAUCGGGUGGCCGCGGCGCAGAAGGCGGACAGGGGCCUGGAGGAGACUUGUUUGGGCGUCACAACCAAGUUUGUUGCCAUGCUCCUUAGGGCAGAGAGAGAAGGGCCAUCUCCACUACUUUACGACCAGCGGCGGCACCACGACCGCACCGCAUACUGGUGGUGCGUGUUAGGUAAGGUCACGGGCGUGGUGACCCCUCUAUGCACGGCACCUCCUCUGAUGCUGAGGUCAGGAAAUAUCCUCGUCGAGACGCUGAUCAACAUCGUGCGCACAUGCGCGAGGGCAGGCUCGGAGGAGGACCCGAGCUUCGAACUGGCCUACACGAUCGCCUCCGUUCUGAGCAGGGUCGUCGCGCGCGGCGGGGCAGCCGUGUUGGACGAUGCGAAGGAUCGCCCUUCUCCUAGGACUUCCGAGGAAAUCUCGCAGGACGUGGCUGCGGCUGGCGUGCCCUCCCUGGACGCGGCGCUGGCGGCUUUAGAGUCCUCCCUCUCCCGAGACUCGGUUCAUCUCUUCGACGGCGUCCUCGGCUCGGCCAUCGCCAGUCCCUCCGUGAGCUCCCCUCUUCCCACCCACUCCAGCAGCCUCUCUCCGGAGGACGCCGGCGCCCGCAGGUUCGCUAUGGACGCCCGAUGGCACCUGCUGUACUGGAAGUCCGUGCUAGAGGACCAGUGCCUCGCCCUGUUCUCGGGCAGCGACGACGACGCGCUUCCGAUGUUCAUUCUGCAGCUGCAGGAAAUUGUUCAGACGAUCAGUCGCAUCUGCCAGGAUACGGAGGAGGCUGUACUCAUGAACCACGAUAUGGAAUAAGGAUCAUCUGAAUUACUGGUGUGUGUAAGGAUACAUGUGUAUUAAUCGUGCGUUUUUUGUAUGAAUUCACUGAUUAUGGAAUUAAAUAUUUGUCAUUCAGUUCA